CCGAUGCUGACGUCAUCUUGAGAAGAUGACGGCGAUGACUGCGAACUGUGUGUAGCGCUGUGGUUUUGGGAAUCGAACUGCUCUAUGCUCGAUUAAGUUGUUUCCGUAGAUCCUGUGAGCGUAAAAUAGAUGGCAAUGGCUAGCGCGGCUGGCUCAUCGAGGGCCGAAUUUAUUGUCGGUGGAAAAUUCAAAUUGGUUCGCAAAGUCGGAAGCGGUUCCUUCGGGGACAUCUACCUGGGAAUCAACAUGGUGAACGGCGAGGAGGUUGCAGUCAAAAUGGAAUCCACCAAGGCGAGGCAUCCACAGCUGCUGUAUGAAAGUAAACUGUACAAGAUAUUACAAGGCCACGAAGGGAUUCCCCAUACAAGGUGGUUUGGCACUGAAAGAGAUUAUAAUGUGCUUGUGAUGGACCUGCUGGGCCCUAGCUUGGAAGACCUGUUCAACUUCUGCUCCAGACGUUUCACCAUGAAGACAGUGUUAAUGCUGUUUGAUCAGAUGAUUACCCACAUUGAGUAUGUGCACAAUAAAAAUUUUAUCCACAGAGACAUCAAGCCGGACAACUUUCUUAUGGGAAUUGGUGGUCACUGCAACAAGCUGUUCCUGAUCGACUUUGGGCUGGCCAAGAAGUAUCGGGACAACCGGAACAAGCAGCACAUCCCGUACCGGGAGGACAAAAACCUGACGGGCACGGCUCGGUAUGCAUCGAUCAAUGCGCACCUGGGCAUUGAGCAGAGUCGCCGGGAUGACAUGGAGUCCAUGGGCUAUGUUCUUAUGUACUUCAACCGGGGUAGCUUGCCCUGGCAAGGUUUGAAGGCUGCCACGAAGAAGCAGAAGUACGAAAAAAUCAGCGAGAAAAAGAUGUCCACACCUGUCGAGGUGCUCUGCAAAGGUUUUCCGGCUGAGUUCACCAUGUACCUCAACUACUGCCGCGGCUUACGCUUUGAGGAGAUGCCUGACUACAAGUACCUGCGCCAAAUCUUCCGCAUUCUUUUCCGCACGCUGAAUCAUCAGUAUGACUACGUCUUUGACUGGACCAUGCUCAAGCAGAAGGCAGCUGCCUCAGCUGCUGCUUCAGGUGCCAUGGCUGGACAGCCCGGUGCUGCUGCAGUUGGCAAUACCACCUAGAUGCUCUCUCAAAUGAUGACCAUUGUGGAACAAAACUACACCUGAAAAGGAGGCCGCUAGGGUUUGGGGUCAAUGAAAUGGCCAUGAAUGAAGUUUGCUGAGUUUCACGUCUGGCUUGGUAGAUCUUGAGGUAGGCAUGCCUGUUCUAGCCCUUGCUGUUAAUCGUGUCACCAGGAGGGCCUCCAGAAGCCUGCUCUUGCUCCAUGUGUGCACGUCUGUACAGAAUAAAGCUCGCUUCAGUUGACUUAACUGCUACUUGGGCUGCCAGGCACGGGCACAUUUCCCUCCCUAGGCCGGCUCCAAAUCCUAGUGAUUUGGACAUAUCCCACCUUCGUUUUGAGCAGUUUUUUUUUUUUUUCCUAAACAGGCAAACAAACUGUCAUGGCUUUUCUGGGCGAUAUGUGCACACUUUGUCCCCUUUGCCACCUUAAAAGACCUGGUGAGCAAACCGGAGUGCCUCUAUUAUCUGAAGUGGUUCCAAUGGCAUAGCCAAGGUGGCGUGUUGCGAGGCACAUCACUAAGUGGUGCUCUUGGACAGCUGUAGUUUCUCUUUCCUCUUCUACUGCUUUGUUUGGCAUGCUGCUCUAAGCAGCUAGUGAGAGGCACAGUGUACGGAGACAAAAGCUUUGGUAUAGUGUGACUAGUACCCCUACAGUUGCAGCAUGCGGAAGUGCUUCCAGUUGGGUAAGGUGCCUGCCUGGAAUGCAUCCAUUUUGAACAGUUGCCUGUGGUCUGUUUUUUUUUUUUUUUUUUUUCAUCCCCCCUCCACUUCAGUUUUACGCAAAGCAAGGCUACUAUACUAAAGCUGUACAACAGAUUUGUUGCAUCAUGGAACUUUUUCACUCAUGCUGACAUAAGCUGGUUGCUGCACAGUUCAUUAUCAUAUAUGGGCGUUCUCGUUCUACUAUUAGUGUUGGCUGCUCCAUGAAACGAGAACUUCAUAGCAGAGGUUGGGAGAGCUGCAUAGGGGCUGUUGACCUUGAAAUUGAAGGUGGUGACACAUUGCACUUGAACAUAUGAGACACCCAAUUCUUAUGCACAUCAGAGUGAUACUGUCCACUGACAAAUGUAGUAACCAGCCUGGUGUGUCUCGUUAUUUUAAAGUGAAAAGAGUUGUUCAAAAUUAAGAGCAUCCUUGCCUCUCUCCCUGCUCCCCCGUUUUAGGGGAAAUAUUGAAGGUUUAGUUUCAUUUAUGUUUGAAGUACUGAUCCAUUCUCUGUUGAACUCUGUAUGAAAACCAUGACCCCUGCCUGCUCUUAUGUUUAAGAGCUAAUGGAACAAUGUACAAUGAUUUGUUGCAUUUUGUAGGAGCCUGUCCAUUUACUCUGAAGCAAGAAUAGGUUCAGAUGAAAUGUUUGUCGUAUCUGGUUGUGCAAAAUAAUUUGACUGUGUUUGGAAUAAAUUCACCAACAAAAUGCA